AACAUAAAGAGAACCACACAAACACAAACACACACACACACACACACACACACACAUACAAACACACAUUACAGCAACACUGUCUUGAAGAGCAGGUUGAACAACGUAAGAGGGAAAACAACACUGAAGUCAAGUGUGAGAAUGCAGGAAGUAACCUCUUUUUGGGGACAUUGUUUUCUUUCAACUGUGUAUUAUGUCAAGAGCAGAUGAUAACACACAGGUAAUAACACUUUUAUCGAGAACAGCCUUCCAACUCCACGGAUCGGGUAGCCUAUCGACUUCUGUCCAAAUUGACACUUGGGAUGGGAGUUUUCGCGAAGGUGAACUGAGGUGAUCAGGUCAGAACGAAAUAGAGUCAGGAAGGGCUCCUCGUGGACAUGAGUGUCCCUGAAGAACAGGAGUACCACCUGAGGAGAGGAGAUGCAGGUGACCCAGAGACGCCUCACAGGGACAUCAUGAAGAAACGAGGCUCCUUUGUGUCCAGAAAUCUGUCCAUACGGAGUGACCGGUCGAAAGAAUAUCCACUUAACUUUAGGGGUGUCCCGUCCAUUAGGAGUGAAGUGUCAAAAGGCCUCCCACGUGACCUUGGAUGGGAAAUGGGAAGCAUCAAGUCCUGGGAUUCUGGUUAUGCUACAUCUGUGGCAGCCUCUAGAGUAUCUGAAUGGGACCUGUGUGAUGCUUGCAGUGACACAGCUGUCAAGAAGUGUUUGACCUGCAUGGCUUCCUACUGUGGGACUCAUGUGAAGGACCAUUACACAUCUCCGGACCUGGAGACACACUGGCUGCAGGACCUCUUGCAUCAGGACCUUUGUGAACAACACCACAGACAGCUGGAGUUCUACUGCAGGACUGACCAAUCAGCAAUCUGCUCUAGGUGUUUACUUCAUAACCACAGGACACAUGAUGUCAUCGAGCAGAACCCUCAAGAGACAUCCUCAAUGUUUACAAUCAGAAAAGGUCCAUCUCUGAGAAUCGUGUUGGUUGGAAAGACUGGAGUGGGAAAGAGUGCAGUGGGCAACACCAUCCUGGGGAGAGAAGCAUUUCGCUCAGAUAACUCAGUCACACAAGUAUGUGAAGGAGUGUGUAUGGGCAGUCUGAGACCAGUUAAAGUGAUUGAUACACCUGGUAUUUUAGAUACAGAUAGAGAUGCAGAUGAUGUUAAAGAAGAGAUAGUGAAAUGUAUGAAGUACUCCACUCCAGGACCCCAUGUAUUCCUGCUGGUGAUUGCAGUGGGGACGUUUAGUAGGAAUGAACAGAAGGCAGUCAGAACCCUACAGGAGCUCUUUGGGAAAAGAGCUGCAAAGUACACAAUGAUCCUGUUCACUCACAGUGAUAAACUGCAUGGUCAGACUAUUGAUAAAUAUGUGCACUCUGCCCACCCCAAACUAAGGGAAGUGAUAAAGAGCUGUGGUGGACGAUACCAUGUGUUCAACAACAGGAGCAGAGACCACACACAAGUUGUGGAGCUGAUGAAGAAAAUAGAUGAGAUGGUGAAGAGAAAUGGGGGCGGUCACUUCACUGAGGAGAUGUACGAAGAGGCGAGGGUGUCUGAACUGAAAAUGAUCCGGAAGAAGCUAGUCAUUGUUGGCGAUAUAUGUGGAAAGACUUGUUUGCUUGAAGUUUUCAGCAAACACCAGUUUCCUAAAGAAUUUAUCCCCACUGUAUUUGAUAACUAUACUGCUGAAAUUGAAGUUGAUGGGAAACAGGUGCAGCUGGAUCUGUGGGACACAUCAGGCUGUGAGGGAUACGACAGACUGCGGUCUCUGAGUUACCCCAACACGGACAUCAUACUCAUGUGCUUCUCAUUAAGUAGCCCAUCAAGUUUUGAUAAUAUUCAACAGAAGUGGGCUCCAGAGAUCAAACACUUUUGUCCGAAAGUUCCCGUCAUUUUGGUGGGCAACAAGAAGGAUCUGCGCAACGACGAAGACACACUCCAGAAACUAGAAGAGAGGAAACAGGAACCUGUUAAACAAGAGGAGGGCCAGGAGAUGGCCAUUUGCAUCGAUGCCUAUGGCUACAUGGAGUGCUCAGCCUUAACGAUGGAGGGCGUCAGGGAGGUGUUUGAAAUGGCAACUAGGCUAGCCUUGCAAGCCAGCAAAAAAAGUGCCUGCCUCUUGUCAUAGAGGGUGAGAGGAUGCUGGGAAAGGGAGGGGUGGGGACAUAAGCCAGGCCAACCAACAAAACUUAGGAGUGAUUAUUAGUAAGGGGGAGCAACACAUCCCCUGCUGAGUAGGGGGACAGAGGACGGAGAUGGAGACAUCAAAUCAGGCCAAAGGACCUAACAAAGUAAAAGGGACUUAGUGUGUUGACCUUUAUGAAAGCUAUAUUUUGUAAGACAAUUAAUGGAAGAUAGAAAGGUUACAGUUUGGUCCUGUGUCACAUCCUGAUCAUGAACUUUUCAAAAGACUGAGGUCAGGCAAACGUCUCUGUUGCUACAAGACCAGAACAGAGAGACUGAGGAGGAGCUUCUAUCCUCAAGCAAUCCGUAUCCUGAACACACACAAGACUAUAUAAACCUUUUUGUUUUGUUCACACACUUGCACAUGGACUGUACAAACAGUGCACUUUUUAUUCCCUCUUGCUAUUUGUUAAAAUAUUUCUUGAUCUUUCUUUCUAUACACUUGCACAGAAAAAGCUGAACACCAAACGAAAUUUCACUACAUGCUUUACGUUAGUAUUGCUACUGUAUGUAUGUGACCAAUAAACCUCCUUGUGUCCUUGUA